AUGAACAGCCUUCAGAAAAUGAUGCUUAGGGCAAAGAGGAAGGACGACAGUCCCGAUGAUGGAGAGGUCCAGCGGCAGUUCCUGGUGCUGAAAAGCGACAUCCUCCAGUUUCACUUCCACCCUCCUUGCUCGCUCCUAUUUGGAAUCAAUGAUCAUCUCAAAUACAAGAAUCCGUUUUGGGCAACAGAAGAACGACUGAGGCGCCGCAGGACAUGCGAAGAAUCCGUUAUCAAGGAGUGGCGAAUCGCCACAAUCAAAGCCGGAGAAGCUCUUCAAGGCAAAAAUCAAAUCUACCCAAAUACGGUCGCUUGCGAGAUGUUGGAGGAUAUAUCCCCCUUUCUCUCUGACAAAGAUGACAAAUUCAAGCGACAAGGUGCCCUCGCCGAUCUUGAGAAGAUAUGUUUCCGCGUCAUGGAAAUGGCCCUUGCAUUCCGCUCCUCGAAUAUCGACUACACGUGGGAGCAGCUUGUACCGGCGCAAGAGGUAUCUAAAUUGUCUCCCGAUUUGUAUAACAUCAUAGGGAGUGAAGGCCCCAAACCUGAAGAGAGUCGCAACUUUGAAGUCUCUUUUGUUGUGUUUGGAGGUGUUGUGAGAGGGGACAAGGCAACCGGAUCACUCUCGCAGGGUAAGACUCGCCUGAGUCCAGCGGAGGUUGUGGUCAGAGAUGGCUCAGGACGAGAGCCUCGGAGAUAG